AUGCUGUACGGCCUCCUAGCAUACCCUAUUUCAGAGGUUCUGGAUCCCAUGAGCAUGCGCAAUGGCUUCAAGCACCGGUACAUGGUCAGAGAUAGGUUUCGAGAAUAUCUGCAGUAUAUCCUUGACCUGCAAGACAAGGCGCUUCUUUUGGAGAGCACCUUCAGACUCAGCCAUGGUGGGAUCGAUGCCUUUGUGUGCGUCCACAGCUACGAGCACAACCACGCCGACGUGAAGGCGUCCAGCCUGCUACUUGAUUUUGGCGAAGAUCAUGUAAAUAUGUAUUUUGUGGACUUUGAUACGACCUGUCGGUACACGCAAACCAGCAAGAACAAGGAGUACAGGCAAGAUCUCAGGAAGGCGCACGACGUCACCGCAGAGUUCAGGAGUGCGGACGCGCGAAGUGGUGACAUGGAAAUCCUUGGAUACAUCCUGCUCCAGUGCCUUUGGUACCGACUACCUUCUAAGGACAACCUCAAGAACCCAGAGUACGUCAGCCAACGGAAGACCUCGCCGCUGGAAAACAUCACCCUGCUGAUGAGCAAAUGCUUCCAACACAGGGCCAUUCCAUAUGGCAUCACAGUGUUCCUGCAGCACGUGGCGUCCAUGAAGUUUGAGAACACGCGAGACCACAAGCGGCUAAAGAGGGUCUUGCAGAAAAGCAUACAGGUGUCCGGUUUCAAGCCUUACACCAGGCUACACUUGGCGCCACCGAGGACCCCACGGCGCAACUCUUUCUCGCCAAAGAAGUCCGUGCUGCAAGAACGCAUCCUCGCCGAGGACAGCGUGGGCGUGAGCGUCGACGGUAAGGUCGUGGAAAAGCCACUGCCAGUCAAGGUUACCCGCGGUCGCCCGACGACAGUCCGGAAUAACAACCGCCGAACGCAGGCGGCAACUUAA